GAUUGCUUAUUAAUUUCAAGUUUAUAGUUUCAAGAUGCAAAAUUGACUAUAUUUGUAAGUGUAAACUAUACAAUUUUGAUAUUGACCCACUGUAUGUAAAUAUUUCUAGUAAAAUUAUUAGUAUUAUAGUGGUUUAUAGUUGGCAGGUUGGCACAUAGCCCACAGCUUUUAGUGACACUUAAAGAACUAUGAACAGCCAUAUUUUCUUAAUUUAAUGUAAAUAGUUAGUGAGUGUGAGUAAACUACUUAAAUAAUUCGAUGAUUAGUUACCGAUUUACUUAAUUUGAUUACUCAACUUUAUUUUACAAUGUUACAGACAGAUGGCAUGGUGUAUGUUAUGAAAAACAACAAUUUAUAGUAUUAUUACAAUAAGUAUAAGUCUAGAAUUUAUUAUGCCCGUUUCAUACGUUAAAACAUGUACCUAAACAAUGUUUUAACCAUAUUAUUUUACUAGUCAUCCUAAUAACAGAAUUUCAAAUAACCAAUUAUGGCUAAUAACUUUGAUCACGAAGACAAGUCAAGCUGGUAUUUUGGAUCUCUAAGUCGUGAACAAGCUACUGACCUGUUAAUGUCAGAAAAAGAAGGUGGUGUUUUCCUUGUAAGAAAUAGUAAUUCUUCAGCAGGAGACUAUGUUUUAUGUGUUAGAGAGGAUGGCAAAGUCAGUCACUAUAUAAUUAAUAAAUUGCAGAAAAAUGAUCAUGUUUCAUAUAAAAUUGGAGAUCGGUCAUUUUCUGAUUUACCCAGUCUCUUAGCUUUUUAUAAAUUACAUUAUUUAGAUACUACACCUUUAAUCCGCCCUGCAUCUAAAAAAGUAGAAAAAGUUGUAGCAAAAUAUGAUUUUGAUAGUGUGGACACUGAUGACCUUCCUUUUAAGAAAGGUGAAAUACUUACAAUUAUUUCAAAAGAUGAAGAACAAUGGUGGACAGCCAAAAACAGUUCUGGGCAUAGUGGCUUAAUUCCAGUACCUUAUGUGCAAAAGAUAGAGGAGGGACAAACGCCAGAAUUUCCUAGGCCAGGUUCAGGCGGUUCUGCUCCAGCUCCUAUCCAUCAUGUAGAUGCAGCAGUGAAAAGAAACCAAAUGCAGAGAAAACUUCCUGCUCGAGCGCGAGUGAAGCAGGUAAGAGUACCGAAUGCGUACGAUAAAACUGCACUUAAGUUAGAGAUAGGUGAUAUAAUAACUGUGACAAAAAUGAAUAUCAAUGGACAGUGGGAAGGUGAAUUGAAUGGUAAAACGGGACAUUUUCCAUUUACUCACGUCGAAUUAAUUGAUAACGAUAACGAGAGUUAGUGUGCUAAUAUUGCAACAAAUUAUAUUUUACUAUGUAUUUGUUGUCACUGUCAUGAAGUUAUACCUUAAAUAAUUCAAUUAUAAAUAAUUAAUUGAU